GGCAAGUUAACGACUUGUUUACUGGGCGUUUUUCUGCCGUUUCCAUAACGUUAACGCGCCGUUUUUUGUGUUGACCGUUUACUGGAGAUUAACUGGCCGUUAACGGGCCGUUUUUUUGGACCUGGGCUUCUUCAGUUUAUCCCUUCCUCGAACAAUCGAAGCUGAUUUAGUACAAUCCUUUCUUUGAACCAUUAAAAAUCCCAACCGUCAUGCAGCAAUACUACUAAAUCAUUGCAUAUUUCGUUUUUUCCUAAAAAGCGCAAUCGGUUUUGUAUUCAAUCAAGUUAAAUUUUUAUAAUACACAUACAUCGUUUUUGAGAGCGCGAAACCCAUCGGUCUUCAUCUCUAUUUUGAAUUAAUUCCUCAGAUAGACGGAUGUUCUCAGAAACCACAAGAGUUUUAACUAAUACCAUAAGAAACAUUCCUUAAAUACAUGUGCGUAUAGUAAGACAUAGUUAAAAUACUCCCUCCACACAUACAGGAACGUAAAAAGCCAAGAAACAAUUUAUCUUAACGUUGGUGAACUCUUACGUAUUGAUUACUAUAUAAAGAAAGAGUGAAAAAGAAAAAUUCGAGAAGAUCUAUCCAAAUAAAGUGUUUUUUAAGCUAAUUGCCAUCUUGAUUUCACCAUGUUUUAUCCGGCUUUCUCUUCGAGAACACAAUGCAAUCAAGAUGAAUCAUUCCCCUCAGACUUGGUUGAAGAUUGAGCUUAAAAACUAAGCAAUUUUAUUUGUAAACACGCUCUCUACUUGUAAUAGAAACUAUGUUAACAGUUUUCUGAACUUUUAGAAAAAAUUUUAUUGUUAUUUCUAAAACUGCUUCUAUCUCAGACUUCUCUAAGUUCUCCCAUAUACUUCUCAAUUAUGGUUCAAUAUAUAACUGACAUUUGAUCCUAAAAUAAAAGUGAGAGCGAUUGAUGUUUUAUGGUUCAGGUGUGAAUAUUACCGGUAAGGCAGGCCGUACGUGAAGAAAAUAUUCACGCUUGGACUUUCCGAGAAUGUAUACCCAAAGCUAUUAUCGCUCGGAUGAGUGCAUUAUUAGAGCCAAUAUAAUAUCCUGUGAAUGAGACGGAAUGGCUGAGCCCCAACCCUCUGUGCGUCAAACAGGAUCGAACUGAUCUUUGCUACAUCCUGAGAGUCACUGAAAGCAAAACGAUCUUACACCGAGGAUACUCACAAUUGGUGUAAAAAACAUCUAUCUUUGAUGCAUUUCUCACUUCUGUGCAUUUUUAUUUUCAGACCUUUGCAAAGUAUGCAUCGAUUCAGACAAGAACACAGAAGUCUUUAAACAUAGUACAUUUUCUGACAAAGAAGACUCGUUUUCGAUAUAUCCAAUGCGUCUGAAGAAAAAUUCCAGCUGUGCAACAGUAAACUAAAAAAGGCCUUGUAUGUCCAUACUCUCUAACUGACUGCAACCACCGUGUAGUUACCACGUAAAUUAGUUAGUUUUUUGCAUUGAUUCUGCUUUAGAAAAGUUAAAAAGCAGAUAAGUUGGAAUAUAAGGUGGUGAAAGUAAUGUGUAGACCAUUUUAUAUUCGAAGUUUUUUUCAGUUUAUCUCUGCUUUACUUUACUGAAACUUCCUGACGAAUACUGAAAAUACUGAUGCCAAAAACAAUUUUUUACCAGUUUCAACUAGCGUUCUUCACAUUUUAGGAAGCGUUUUUGAGACUCGGAUCUGAAACAUGAAAUACAGUAAAGUAAAUUUCCUAAAAAUGAUGUGGCAUAAACCAGUUUCUAGAAGCUGAUCUUCUGGGUAGAAAACGAUCGUUUGUGUUAACCCUGAAGAUCGAAUUUUAUGAAGUCGAGCUUAUCAGAUCAAAGUUAGGAAAUUAAAUGUGACAUCCCUUUGUCUAUAGACUCAAUUUUGGAAAAUACUUCCUUCACAGUGAAAUAAGGCGAAGUAAAGAAAAUAUUCGUCUUUUUUUCUAUCGUCGACGCCACCUUUUUUUCCUCGUGUUAUCUUUACGUACGAGGAAUCAUUUUAUUCAGUUACUUACGUCUAUUUCGCAUAACCCUAUUAUUUCAUUACAUUGUAUUUUUCCUUUAUUGUGGGUAGGAUGGUAUGAUCUGUCUCUUUUCUUUUUACGGUUUGUGUGGGCAUAUAUAGUCGCGUAUGGUUAGUUGCAUACAGUGUGUCAACAUAGCCUCUCAUCACAUUUUUUUUUAUAGAAAAUACACACUAUAUAUAGCGUUUUUGUUGAUCACACAUACGUUUUUAGUUCUGUAACAUCGGCUCUAAUCAGUAUUAGUAAGUCUGGUAAGAGAUGCUCAAAGAUGAUCAGGCGGUAUUAAGCACUGACUGGUGCUCUUCCCUUAACACGUCACCAGAUUCUCGCUGAGGUCCUUCGGGUCUCAGAGGUACCAAUAUCAGAUUCUUGUUUUUUAGAUUAAGAUACACUACCAGAUAGUAUUAGUAGUUCUAUAUAGAUACCCCAGUAGUAACUUUGUGCAGACAACCAGUUCAUUGAUAUACGUUAUUGUUUCUGCUUUUUACGAAUUUGCCGGUGCGUAAACUAAAGUUUUAGCUUUUAAACUGCUUUCGUCCAAGCUAUUAGUGAUGAAUCCAUUCUCAUGAAGUGAUAAUGAAACGUUAAGAUAAUUCAUGUUCGAUGAAGAAACGAUUAAAAAUUUUGAAAGUAAGUGGACUGUUAUGACAAAACAGAAUAUUUUCGAGAAGCGAGUGAAAGAACAAUGAGUCUAGGCUUUUUAUGAAUUGACUAUGUUCAGCAGAAAAAUAAUCGUGAGUCUCAAAUAUCUUUGUGAUUGCGGUUAGAUCCGUUUUCUGUGUACUUUGUUGGUGCCGUUUCUUUGGGCAUUAUGCAGUAGUUUAGCGUUUGUCUUCUUAUAGCAGCCGCUUUACUCUCAUAAGAACCACAUGUUGCCUUUGUUUAUAUCUCUUGUGUUAUGUUGUUUUGUUGUUAUUAUAAGAUUAAACAGCUACAACAUGGCAAAACAAAAUUUUCAUUGUGUAUUCUGUCUCAACACAAGACGGUUUUCAAAUUUCCGCAGUCUUUUCAGUCAUUUAUCUGCAUAUAAUUAUUGCGAACCAGAUUUUAAAUUAAGUUGCGCUUUAUCAUCAAAGUGUGGGAAAACUUACUCAACUUACAGUCCCUUUAAAUCUCAUGUAUAUAGACAACACUCAAAUCUGUUACAAAACCAAAUCGAAGUAACAGAAACAACAACAGAUGUAAACGAUGAUUUAUUAGUUGAAUCACUCCGAGAUGACCAGGAGAUUCACAAUCAUGAACAGGAACGUGACGAUGAUAAGAAUGAGCUGUCACCAACGUAUGUGUAUUAUGAUGACUGCAACGGAGAAUAUGACCUUUCUAAUAACACUCUCCCAAUAUUUGAAUCUCAUAAACAAUAUUCAAUGGAUGAUUUUCAAAAACAAUUUACCCGCUUUUUACUCGAACUUCGAGAGGAACAUCUGUUGUCAUUACGACCGAUUAGUGAAAACGUUGUUUAUUUACUAGACAUUGUUUUCAAUUUAAUAUCACAAAAAGCGGAAAAAGUCGUUAAUCAAUUAGUAAAGAACGACAGGAGUAAAACAGGUACAACAGUGGGACACCUUCAUAUUAUGUUGGGUGUAUUAGACAACGUUCGUGAUACUGUUGAACGUACAACAAAAAGUGAGUAUCACUUUCACAACUUAUGUGUAAAGUUUUUCAAUUAUUUAUUACCGAAAGAAAUACCGCUUACACCAAUACAAUUGGCGGCACCAGUAGAAGCAAAAGUGAAGCAAGAUUAUGCCUGUUAUAUUCCACAUCACCAGUCGUUAUAUCGUAUAUUGUCAAAAGAAGAAAUGGUACCAUUAUUAAUCCACAAUAUUCGACCACAAAAAGAAAAAGUGAUUAAAGAUGACGAUCUUAUAUUCUAA